AUGUCGAAUUUUGUUCGAGGUCCUACCAACCAUGACCAAAUCAAAAGUGCAAAUGGUAUUAUUCACAAUAGUUUUAGAGAUGCUUGCUUUGCUUUGGGAUUACUUAAUGAUGAUAGAGAAUAUAUUGAAGCUAUCAAAGAAGCUUCAUGUUGCGGUUUAGAUGAUUAUCUAAGGAAGCUUUUCACGGUGAUGUUGAUGUCAAAUAGUGUUUGGGAAGAAAUUUGGAGGAUUCUAUCUAAUGAUAUUUUGUAUAAUGAAAGAAAAUUGUCAAAAAAUUCAGAUUUAUCUUUGACUGAUGAUCAGCUGAAAACAAGAUGCUUAUAUGAAAUUGAGAUGAUACUGCAAGAUAAUAAGAAGAGUUUAAAGGAAUUUCUUCCAAUGCCUUUUCCAAAAUAUUUUGUGAGGCUGAAAUUUCAAAAUGGUUUAAUUUAUAAGGAGCUAAACUAUGAUAAGAAUAAUUUGAAAAAUGAGUUUCAGACAUUAUUCUCAUUCUUAACCCAAGAACAAGGUAUUUUUGAGAAAAUUGUGGAAGUAGUUUCUAAAAAAAAUGGCGGAGUAUUCUUUGUAUAUGGCCAUGGAGGAAUAGGUAAGACUUAUCUCUGGAUAGUUUUGACUUCUUUUUCAAGGUCACAAGAAAUGAUUGUUCUUACUGUUACAUUGAGUGAAAUUGCUGCUUUGCUACUAUCUGGAGGUAGAGUAGCUCAUUCUAGUGAACUAGCAGAGUUGUUAAAGCAAACAAAGCGUAUCAUAUGGGAUGAAGCGCCUAUGGUUCACAGAUAUAGUGUUAAGGCAUUUGAUAAAAGUUUAAGAGACAUUAUGUUAUCUACAAAUAAUAAUAAUGCUAAUUUGCCUUUUGGUAGGAAGGCAGUAGUUUUUCGUGGAGAUUUUAGACAAAUUCUUCCUAUCAUUCCUGGAGGUGGUAUGACAAAAAUUGUAAAUGCAAGCAUAUCUUCCUCUUACAUAUGGGACUAUUGUAGUGUUUUGAGACUUACCAAAAAUAUGAGACUAGAGGAAUCUUCACAUGCUGAUAAUGAUGAAUUGGCUUUGUUUUCACAAUAA